AGAGAAAGUAAUUGAUAUUCAAUGCAAGGGUGGCUCCAAUAGUGCAAUCAUGCAGCUCCAUGUUACGGCUGUUGGCAAACGUGGACUAAUUCGAUGACCCCAUAGGCUGCCUCGAUCUGCCGUACUGGUGGAAUCGUCUGCCACUCGCGCGCCCCAUUCAUCUCGUGUCCUUGGCCGGCCUUGCAUUGCAGAUCGUCCCCAGAGUCUUCGAGGAGUGAAUUCCGGCUGUACCUCGAGGUAUUCUCUUGAAAUCUGCAAGCCUUGUAACGGAUUCGUAGGGAGCUCUCCUCUUGUUGUGGAGAAUCCCCCUUGUUAUUAAUUGCACUAUGGAAAUGAGUGAAGCUUCUAUAAGACUCUCUCCACCACCGGCCGCAGGGCGCUCUGUCAACGUAGCCGAGGCAGAGAGGGCGUAUCUCGGUGAAGGAUGGGAUCGAGCGGAAGCCCCCUCCAAACCUGAUGAACUUGGCGUGAAGAGUUUUGACUUUGAGUUGGCGACAAACCGUAAACAUCACAACACCGCAGACUAUGAGAUCAGGAACCUAUUCGUCAGGCGAGGGCAGCCCUUUGAGCUUACCGUUACUUUCAAUAAGGCCCCAAGAGAGGAGCUAUUGAUGCUUCAGUUGGCUGUUGUUGGUUCCAAAGUUUAUUCUGAAAAUCGUGGAACGGUGAUUCGCUUGCCCUUCAGUCGGUCAGAGUCAGAGACCCGAGGCGAUUGGGGAGUCUAUGUUCGAGGCGUGGAUGGAGCCAAGUACUCCCUCCUGGUCAGCAGUCCACCGGAUGCCAUCGUAGGUCGCUACCUCGCCUCUGUCAUCAUAAAGGAUAAAGUGGAUGCAGAACCCAGAUACUUCAAACAGACUGACCCGAUCUACGUGCUCUUUAAUGCAUGGUGCCGUGAGGAUGGCGUCCACAUGGACGGAGACACUGAAAAAUGGGAGUAUGUUCUCAACGACUACGGCUUUAUCUUCUUUGGACAGGAUCAGCCUGGAAACCAGUUUGCUCGACCGUGGGUCUUUGGCCAAUUCGGAGACGUAACCACCAAAGUGGUGUUUGAUCUACUAGAAACAUGGGUCCGAGAGAAAUCUCGUAAUGACCCAGUCAUCGUUUCCAGAAUGUUCACCCAUUUUGUGAAUUCAUCUUCUGGGAGGGACAAGCAAGGAUUGCUCGUCGGAAACUGGAGCGGAGAUUAUGAAGGAGGUGAAAAACCAACAACUUGGACAGGCAGUACCAAAAUCUUUGAGACGUACGCCAAGUCAGGCAAGGCCGUCAAGUACGGCCAGUGUUGGGUGUUCAGCGGUGUGCUGUGCACCGUCAUGCGUUGCCUUGGUAUUCCCUGCCGAAGUGUGACCAACUUUUCCUCGGCUCACGACACCGAUGCAAGCAUGACUGUAGAUACAGUGUUGGACGCUGAAACGGAAGAAGAGAUUGAUUAUCUCAGUCAAGAUUCUGUGUGGAACUUUCACGUUUGGAACGAGGCUUAUUUCAGCCGGCCUGAUCUUCCCUCCAUGAUGGGCGGGUGGCAGGUCAUCGAUGCUACACCUCAAGAAACUAGCGAAGGUCUUUUUCAGAUGGGGCCUUCGCCAAAAGCUGCCAUCAAGCAAGGCUUAACCUACCUGAAAUAUGACACCAAGUUUGCUUUUGCAGAGGUCAAUGGCGAUCGCAUUACCUGGUUGGCAACCAAAAGAGGAUUUGGACUUCCACCAGAAAUGACUAUAUUAUCUGAGAAGAAGAACGUCGUUGGGAAGUUCAUCAGUACAAAGAAACUCCCAUUGUUACCAGGCGGCUACGUGGGUCGAUGGCGGUGCAGGGAGGAUAUCACUCUCGAGUACAAAUUUGAAGAAGGGAGUGAAGAGGAACGCAAUGCCGUGGAACGAGCCGUUUCAUAUGGCACAAGGCCAAACACUUACCGACCCGACAAAAAGCCAGACGACGUUGAGAUCGAGAUCAUGCUAGAGGAGGAGAGGCCCGUUGGAAGCGAUAUUGAAGUCAAGGUGGCGAUCGACAAUAAGAGCUCGGGUUCUCGAACUGUUGCUGUGAGCAUGAUUGCCUAUAUGAGCUUCUAUACAGGUGUGCUGAAAGGCAAGAUCAAGAACACAAAGAAGGAACUUACCGUUGCGUCUGGCAAGUCCACCCAUGUCCUUGAUGUUAUCACAGUGGGGCAGUAUGCAGAGUUUCUGGUUGAUCUGGCUUGCAUGAAGUUCUCUGUCUUCGGGAAAGUCAAGGAAACCGGCCAACAGGUUGUGAGCCAGGACUCCGUCUACCUCACCACCCCCGAUCUGAAGACCGAGUACAAGAUCGUAGGUUACGACGUCGAAGUCGAGACAGAGUUUGUGAACCCUCUGCCGUUUGAACUCACCAGGUGUACUAUCAACUAUGAGGGCGCCAAACUUGUGCGCUCGACGACGGCAUUCGUCAAUGAUGUUCCUGCAAAAGGUAUCUUUAAACACAAGAUGAGGUUUUCUCCACAAGAGAAGGGAAAGAAGAAACUUGUCAUCGACUUUGACUCCAAGCAGAUUGGCAACAUCACAGACAUCGUCGAAAUAGAGAUCCCUUAGAGUUCGUGAAUCACCUCUUGUAUUAAAUUGGCAACAUACAUGUAUCACAGACAUCGUGGAAAUAAAGAUCCCAUAGAGUUCGUAAAUCACCUCUUGUAUUAAAUUGGCAACAUCACAUACAUCGUGGAAAUAAAGAUCCCAUAGAGUUCGUAAAUCACCUCUUGUAUUAAAUUGGCAACAUCACAGACAUCGUCGAAAUAGAGAUCCCAUAGAGUUCGUAAAUCACCUCUUGUAUUAAAAUGGCAACAUCACAGACAUCGUUGAAAUAAAGAUCCCAUAGAGUUCGUAAAUCACCUCCUGUAUUAAAUUGGCAAAAUCACAGACAUCGUUGAAUUAACAUCAAGGCUGUAAGGAUUGAUAAAUAUGCACUAUUGUGAAUUUUGUGGAACUGUUUACUUUAUUUCCGUUACAAAUAAGAAAACGAAUUAUUGAAAAAGGCUGAUUAUUGAAACUAGUUGCUCUUCCAAAGUGAUCUGUUGUCUAUGAAAUGCUGAAAAGGCAAAGUAUAUACAAGUAGACCUAUCCUAUUGCUUUUUUGGGUCACAAGGGCUGUUUUUUUCUUCCAGUACUCUACGAACUAAUAGUAGUGUGUGAAUUUGUAUUUUAUUAUAAAUUUUAUUAAUUUCCCACUGGGCAUUUUACCCGAUAUUACCCGGGUUGUAACAGGUAAUAACGUAGUUAUUACCACGGUAACACCAGUGGGUAGUAACGGGGAAAUAGUAGACCAAUCUUUCCCCGUUAUUACCCGGAUCCGAUAUUACUCCAUUUACCCAAUAUUACCCAGUAUGAUGUAACCGAUAUUUCCAGCAUUUUAAUGAUAUCACCACCUCAUAUUACUCUGUUUACCCAAUAUUACCCAAUUAAUGUCGGCUCAUUAAAAAAACAAUUAGUGUCAUUAGGGUCAUUAGGGUCAUUGAAGCACAUUUUUACAACUCUAUACUCUAAGCCAUAUCAUCUUAUCCUAUCCUAAAAUCCUACAUCCUAAUCCUAAUCCUAUCCUACACCUAUCCACCAAACCCUGUCAUUUACUUCUAUAUAUUGAGCGACUUUACAACACUUGACAAAUUAUGGUUAACAAUUAUUCAACCCUAAAACAUUUUUCUAAAAUUAAUGUCAUGAUUAUGACUAAUAUGAUAUAUAAACUACACAUUUUUCUGAAAAUUUUCUGGGUGGAAUAAUUGCAUAAACAUAAACACAUUAAUUAUUACAGCUAUAUUAGCUAAAAUUUUUGCCAUUUAUUGUAGUAAUGAAUAUUCAUGAGUAACUAAUAUUCCCAGCAUUUUCCUGAUAUUACCAUCUGCUAUUACUCCAUUUACCCAAUAUUAAUGGGUUCCGCAUGGGUUGGAGGUCUCGUUUCCAUCUGAGUCCUAUCUGGGCACCAUGUGGGUUCAAGUAUAUGUUUUCAUCUGGGUUCCAUGUGGGCCCAUAUGGGACCCAGAUAUCCCAGAUAAGAACCGUAUGUGAUCCAGAUACUUUGCUGUCUGGGAAUGGAAGCGUUUCAACAUUACCCAUUACCCCUUAUCAACCUGUUUGUAACUGGGUAAAAUGUUGGUUUCAUCAGGGUGAUAACAGUAUUUUUUUGGACUUUGAAAAUUUCGCUGGGAUUGCUGUAAGAUUGCUCUUAUUACUAAAGUUUGCAAUGUUAUAACCAAUCAAAGUCAUUCAACAUUACCCUUAUUACCCCUCAUCACCCUGUUGUAACUAGGUAAAUGUAGGUUUCAUCAGGGUGAUAACAGUAACAGGUAUCAACAGGAAUUAUAAUUUCGGAAAUAACAUGGUAAUAACGGUAAUAUUUGGUGUUACUCAAAUUUCCGGGUGAUAUUACCGGUAAUAACCGGUAAAAUUGGUAAUCGGUAACAAAUUGCCCAGUGGGUUGGCAAUGUGGCAAAUAAGUUUGAUGAUCAGACAGCAUUAAGUUGGCGAUAUGAUACGGAAAGUGCCUUGUUUACUUAAUACUGCAAGUUUAAGGUGAUGUAUUACAAUUAAAUAUUAUUUAUCUGCGUGAUAUAUACAUAUACAUUGCGGACAUGAAAUCAUUGCAUCUCUUCAUAUGUAUUAUCUUAUCAUAAUGUUAUGUUAAGUUGAAGCAAUACUAAUUUGUGUCUAUCUUUAAGAUGUAAAUUUGAUCAUGUUGAAGCAAUUUGCCAUUUUCUAUGUUUAAGCCAGCUUUUGAAAAUAUUCACCAUACGGGAGGUUUCACCAUGUUGUGAAUUUUCAGAUAUUCUUUUAAAAUAUAUCUCAUUUUGCAGAUUCCCUACGCACAAAUUGCAUUUAUAGAUUCAUAUUCAUGAAAUAUAGAUAUUAUAUGUACUUGAUAUUCAUUAUGAAGUCUUAUGAAAGAUUACAUUUUUUACAUCAACUCAUAAGCAGUGAUGAAAUAACUGCAUUGAUUUUAUUUGAUGUCAUUUGAUAGUGUAGAAUUUAUGUUGGAAUAUUUUCAUUGCAUAUUUAUCGAAACAAAUCAGAUUUAAAGCCUAUUUAUUUUAUGAUCAAGAUUUAAAACCUAUUUAUACUGUUAUCGUUUUAUCUCUUUGAAAGACUGGGAAAUACAUGUAAGAUCAUUUGUUUUUCAUGAAAAUGAUGAGAUUAGAAAUGUAUCAUUUGGUGCCUUUUAUAAAACUAAUUUCUGGAAUUCUUCAUACUAUCAAACUACAUCAAGUGUUCAGGUGGCCAAACUGAAAUGAACAUCAUAAGCCGGUGCUAAUUUUCAUGACAUUUUUAAAUGGCAUCUUAAAUGUUGAUGAAAGAUUUGAAUAUCCAGAACCCAGAUGCAUAUUAUUUAUCAUACAUAUCGAUAUACCAUUUUUUGUACUAAUUAAGUGCCACAUUUUGAUAUCUUGCAAUAUCGUGCACAAUUUAAGUACGCGUGUUCAAAAUAUGAAUUAUACAAACUGUCUUAGUGGCCAUGCACCUGUCUAAAGUGAACGAAACCUGUCUUUGAUUUUCGCCAAUAUUGUCCUUCAUUUGAAAGGAAUAUGUGUUAUAAAACUCGUCUUUAGGCCAAGGGGGGGGGGCAUUUCCAUUGACGAGUGGAUACCAGGCGCGAACAUCGGUUUCGAAAAGCACCAUAAACAAGUAUUUUCCAUAUUCUGAAACCCUACCCUUAACAAGUACAAUGUAUUUGAAACAAAACGGUACCCUUGACAAGUAUUCCCUGAAGUGACCCCCUAAACAAGUACAGCCACAUAUUAAUUUUUAUGUCACGGACAUGAUCGCGGACGUUGGCUUUACCUUUACUUACAUUGGGUUUAGUACCGCCCACACCUCGCUCAAAUUGGACUCUAAACACAUAAUGCUGGGGCAAAAAUUACAUCCUAUAUAUCAUGACGAAAACCUUUCAUUUGAAAACACUAUACCCCAGAUUCCCUCAAUCAAUUCUCUUCUCCAAGUACGACAAACCAUAACUGCCCCAAGCAAGCAAUUUAAGUAUUAAAACACCUGUUUCUGGUCCGAAGAUAACACAACAGCCCGAGCAAAGCAUGCCGUCAUUUUAAUUCACUUACUUUCCUUAUUUCGAGGUCGAUUUUCUUCGUUCGAACUUGAAAAUGGACUAACAUUGGAUUUCUGAAUACAAUAUGCAUUUGAAAACGUGAUUAAAUAUCGAAUACAGUUAUUUCAUUCCGAAGGUCCUACUACAGGCAGAGAAGUCUUACGUAAUAGCACAGCUGUUGUUUAUCAUUUCGUCCUUGGCUCAACGCUCAUAAUCUGGCCUGUGGAGGUAAAAUUGAGACAGCGGGGAUUACCUGGCCUAGCGGGAUUGAUCAGGCGGGUGUUUCAUAAAGCUGUUCGUAAAUAAAAAGCGACUGGUGAUCCUGUCUUGCGGUAAAUGGUACACACCAUUGGCGAAGAUCUAGCGCGCGAGAAAGGAUCACCAGUCGUUCUUAAAGUCGCUCUUAACUUACGAGCAGCUUUAUGAAACGGCCCCCUGGGCUUGGAAAUGAUUUUGGGAUUUACAAACGCAAAAUGGGGUAUAGAACCGCAGUUUGCAAUCUGAACUGCGGUCUUUCUCCAAACGGGGGUUUGACGUAAUGUUAAAAGCAUUUUAGUCUUUUGUAUAUCCUCACAAAUUUAACUGUAAACACGUAGCUUUCCUAGCAAAUUAUAUUUUAGACACCCUUAUUAUGUUACGCACAUAACCUGCAUAUUGAAAAACAGAUCCUUUUUACGUGUUUCUUUGGUUGCACCUGGUAUCCACUCGUCAAUGGAAGCGCCACCCCCCCCCCCCCCCGGAUUUGUCUGCAGCUGUCACUUCUUUUAAUUCCCUCAGGUGGCCUUAUAAAUAGACAGAUAUGAAUGUACAUGUAUGUGUUUAUAAAGUGAACAGUACUUUUGGAAACAUUUUCCCCUUCCUUUGUCAGGUGUGGAGACUUGCUCAAUUAACACAUUGCCUUUUGGAACUGGCUUGCCCCUGAAUGAAGAAUUAGGGAAAUACAGAAGUCAGUAGAGUAUUUGAUAUCUAUUAUAAGAAACUGAUUUAGGUUAUUCCUGUCAUUUCUGUUUUUUUAUUUAAAGAUUUUGUGCUACUGAUCCAAAUGAUAAAUACAUUUGCUGGAGAAUUA